CACAAUUUACACAUGCUCAUCUGCAUAUGAUCGUUUUAUUCAACCGACUAAUAAUCCGGUUUAAUUUCAACCGACUAAUAAUCCGGUUUAAUUUCAACCGGCCGGUCCGGUUUAAAAACACUGCCAUUAUCAUAUUCAGCUAAGAUAUCGCAGAGAUUAAAACUAAAACCGUAAAAUUUUUCCAAAUCUGCUUCAAUUUGCUUACGCAGAUUUAUUUUAGAUUCGAGUCCUUAUCCCCCAGAUCCAAAUCUCAAACCCUAAUCUCAACCACCAGCUUCACAAAAAUUAGGUUUAGUUUUCGUGGAGGUGGAAAUUCUCCUUGGUGCUAAACUAAUUUCAAAAUCAACUGAACAUGGCUCAAUACCAUGGGGAUGGAAUGGACUAUGUUGCUGAUGAUAAUGAAAUGGCAGAGGUAGAAGAUGAUAUGUAUUUCCGUGGGAGAGCGCUUGGUGAAUCUGAUUCUGAUGAAGAUGAUGACGACGAAUAUGAUCCCUUGGAAAACCGAAUAACUGAUACCACUGCAGCUGAAGCUAGGAGGGGAAAGGAUAUCCAAGGUAUACCAUGGGAUAGACUGAGCAUUAGUCGUGAGAAAUAUAGACAAACAAGAUUAGAGCAGUACAAAAAUUAUGAAAAUAUAGCACAAUCUGGGGAACUGUCAGAGAAGGAAUGCAAAGUAACACAAAAAGGUGGAUUGUAUUAUGAUUUCUGGCAAAACACUAGAUCCGUGAAGUCAACAAUACUUCAUUUCCAAUUGCGAAACUUAGUUUGGUCGACAUCAAAACAUGAUGUGUAUCUUGUUGCACAUUACUCAAUUGUUCACUGGUCUUCAUUAAGUUCUAAGAGAUCUGAAGUCUUGAAUGUAUCUGGACAUGUUGCUCCAUGUGAGAAACAUCCAGGAAGCCUCUUGGAGGGUUUUACUCAGACACAAAUUAGUACACUGGCUGUACGGGAUAACUUGUUGAUUGCUGGAGGUUUUCAAGGAGAGCUUAUUUGCAAGUACUUAGAUCGACCCGGGGUUAGUUUUUGUUCCCGGACUACGUACGAGGACAAUGCGAUCACAAAUGCUGUUGAGAUUUAUGAGCACCCCAGUGGAGCUGUUCAUUUUAUGGCUUCAAACAAUGACGGUGGAAUCAGAGACUUUGAUAUGGAGACAUUUCAGCUUACGAAGCAUUCAUGCUUUCCUUGGCCAGUAAAUCAUACUUCAUUGAGCCCUAAUGGGAAACUACUUGCAAUUGUUGGAGACAACCCUGAUGGGUUACUGGUGGAUUCUCAAACUGGAAAGACUAUCUCACCUUUGUGCGGACACUUGGAUUAUUCAUUUGCAUCUGCUUGGCAUCCUGAUGGUUUCAUUUUUGCUACUGGGAACCAAGAUAAAACAUGCCGCAUUUGGGAUGCUCGUAAUCUAUCAAAGUCUGUUGCUGUUCUUAAGGGAAACCUUGGAGCCAUACGGUCAAUACGUUUCACAUCUGAUGGACGGUAUAUGGCAAUGGCUGAGCCAGCUGACUUCGUGCAUGUCUAUGAUGCAAAGCAAGGAUUUGAAAAGGAGCAACAAAUAGAUUUUUUUGGAGAGGUCUCAGGUGUAUCUUUUAGCCCCGACACAGAAUCACUUUUUAUUGGUGUAUGGGAUCGUACCUAUGGAAGUCUUCUUCAGUUCAAUCGACGCAGAAACUACAUGUAUCUUGACUACUUGUAAAUUUGUAACUUUGUGAAUACAUUCAACUCAUGUACCUUUUGUUUAAUAUUUAGGAGUUUGAGUGUCUUGACAGUAUCUAUAUUAUCAAGGGAAGUGGAAAGAAGAAAGUGAACUGACAUGGCUCAUCUUAUACUGUAAAACAUGGUUUGAGGAUGUUACGGUGUUUGUUGUACACCAUCAUGUUAAAUAAUAAUCAAAGAAAGGGUCGGAAAUAUGAACACCGUGCUUAUACAUA